UUGUUGUUCAGCCUGUGAGAUAAUGACGAUUCUGGUCGCUGUGUUUUGUGUUUUACUAGCGUUCUCAGCUGCAUUGCCACUUCGUUACUCUAGUGGAGAUGGUAGCUUAAGUGGUGCUAGUACAAUUGCCUCCAGUGGUGCUAAUAAUUAUGGCGGCUAUGGUUCAAUCGGUGGAGGCAAUAAUGGGUAUUAUGGAUCAAAUGGUCCAUAUAGAGGUGGAUAUGGAGGUAAUGGAUUCAGUACAUUUGGCGGUUUAGGUAGACAAUCUAAUGUAGGAGGUUUUGGUGCAGCCGGUUUUGGUAAUGGUUUCAGCGGCGGUUUUGGCAGCCAGUCUGGUUUUAAUGCAGGAUUUGGCGGAAAUAGUGGUGGAUUUAGUAAUGGAUUUUAUGGUGGAUAUGGCGGAAACUUUGGUGGCGCCAGUGCAGUUUCUCCAGCAACUGCAGGUGGUUUUGGUGGGUUCGGAGUUUCUGGUCCUAGUUCAAUUGCAUCAACAGCAGCCGGAGGUUUUGGUGGUUUCGGUGGUUUCAAUUCAGGUACCAGUGCAGCUUCUUCAGCUACUGCAGGUGGAUUUGGUGGGUUCGGAGGUUCAGGUGCUGGAGCAAGUUCAAUUGCAUCUACAGCAGCUGGAGGUUUUGGUGGUUUCGGUGGUUACAGUGGUUACGGCGGUCAUGGCGGUAACGCCGGUUAUGGAGGUUAUGGCGGUCAUGGAGGCUAUGGCGGUCAAGGAGGCUACGGUGGUCAUGGAGGCUACGGAAGUUAUGGCGGUAUUAAUUUAGUUUCCAGUGAAGUUCCCAGCAAUGCUGCUGAAUCAAGUACAAAUAAUAAAUAUCCAUUUGGUGGUGCCAGUGAAGUUCCAAGCAAUGCUGCCGAAUCAAGUGCAAAUGAUAAACAUCCAUUUGGUGGUGCCAGUGAAGUUCCCAGCAAUGCUGCCGAAGCAAAUGCGAAUGAUAAAAAUCCUUUUGAUGGUGUCAGUGAAGUUCCAAGCAAUGCUGCUGAGUCAAAUGCGAAUGAUAAACAUCCCUAUGGUGGUGCCAGUGAAGUUCCAAGCAAUGCUGCUGAGUCAACUGCGAAUGAUAAACAUCCAUAUGGUGGUGUUAGUGUAAAUACCAACAAUGCUGCCGAAUCAAAUACGAAUGAUAAAAAUCCAUAUGAUGGUGUCAUUGAAGAUACUAAUAAUGCUGCCGAGUCAAAUGCAAAUGAUAAAAAUCCGUACGGUGGUGCCAGUGAAGUUCCAAGCAAUGCUGCUGAGUCAACUGCGAAUGAUAAACAUCCCUAUGGUGGUGCCAGUGAAGUUCCAAGCAAUGCUGCUGAGUCAACUGCGAAUGAUAAACAUCCAUAUGGUGGUGUUAGUGUAAAUACCAACAAUGCUGCCGAGUCAAAUGCAAAUGAUAAGAAUCCAUAUGAUGGCGCUAUUCAAGAUACCAACAGUGCUGCCGAGUCAAAUGCAAAUGAUAAAAAUCCAUAUAUUGGUGCUAUUGAAGAUACCAACAAUGCUGCCGAGUCAAAUGCAAAUGAUAAAAAUCCAUAUGAUGGUGCUAUUGAAGACACCAACAAUGCUGCCGAGUCAAAUACGAAUGAUAAAAAUUCAUAUGGAGGUGCUAGUGAAGACACCAACAAUGCUGCCGAGUCAAAUACGAAUGAUAAAAAUUCAUAUGGAGGUGCUAGUGAAGAUUCCAACAAUGCCGUCAAGCCAAAUGCAUACAAAUACACUGCAUAUGGUGCGAAUAAAUCAAAUGGCGGUUAUGGUGGUUAUCAUAGUGGUAGUACUGCUCAGACCUCUAGUACAGCCACAGGCGUUCAUAGAGGAUAUGGUAAUGGUGGCGCUGCAUUAGCUAAUGCAAAUACUGGUGUGGUGGGGUAAGAAUAAUAUUAUUAUUAAUUUUUUUUUUAAAUAA